UUCUAGUGCCCUUCUCUUGUGCACUAGCGCCAUGAGUAGCGCACUUGAUGACUCAAAGACAACAGACGCAAGUAUGGACCACGAACUUUACACUGUACAGAGUCCCUCCGAGGACAUUAAGGAUGGCCCAGAUCAUGCAGAAUUCAUUUAUAAGAUGUCAAAUGAAGAAUUUGUUAGAUUCGUGAAGUUGCGUGUGACCAACGACUCACUUUUCACUGGAAAGAGAAAUUCUUCAACUCUGGCUUAUAGGGCCAUCUUGAAAGAGCUUGGUCUGCAAAGGGAAAUUUCUGCCAGCCAGGCAAGGAGGAAAUGGGAAAACCUAAAGAUGAAGUAUAAGGAAAUGAAGAAUCCCCCACCUGGCGUCUCAGUGAACCCCACCAACUGGCCGUGGUUCUCCCUCAUGGAUGACGCCAUGGAGGGUAGACUCGCGGGAAGCGAAGUCACCGUAGACACUUCUUCUGUGGGCGAUGACAGCGAGUAUCGGCCGAACAACACCACGCGCAGGAGGAGCAAGAGGGCGCGUGAGCCGAACAGAAGCGAGAUCGAGCUGUUUGUCGAAGAGGAUGACAUGAUGUCUGAGGAAAUGGGGCGAGACAGGACAGAUCUAGACCGAGACAGGGAUGAGAUGGAGCACGAGAGGGCCAUUCUGGAGAGCGACAAAGCCGCUAUUGAAUACGAGCGGAUGGUCCUGGAGCGGGAGAAGAUGGUUUUAGACCGAGAAAGAGCAGGAGUGGAGCGAGAACUUGCAGCACUGGACCGAGACAGGGCCUCCCUAGAGAGAGAGAAAGCCGCUGUGGAGAGAGAUAGGGCCUCUGUGGAGUACAUCCGAGCUCAGCUGGAAAAGGAAAGAGCGAUUCUUGACAGAGAAAGGGCAAAGCUUGAGCGAGAGCGCGCCUUCCUUGAGCAGCAACGUGGGGUGGAAAAGGUGGAGCAGCCGGCUAAUCUGAACGACAAUUCAGAAGGGACUGACACCUCUAUCCCCUUAGUGUUGGAACCGGCCUCAUUGGAGAGGAGGCAGAAAUUCCUCAACCUGUUUGAAAAGCUCAUUGAGAACUUCUAAAAUAGGACUAGUUGUUCUGAACGGGACCCAUUAUGUAAAUGUCAUUAUUUUUGUACACGUUCUGUUUGAAGUAAAACUGUUACCAGAAGUGGAUUGUUCUGUGUUACAGUGAUUGAUUUAUAUAGUAUCUAUUGUUUAAAAGAGCACUUUGAACGUCGGUUUUCUCUAAGCUAACAAUGAAAACGUUACCUCUGUUUUGGAGAGGUCAUCAGAAAUCUUUAUUCAGGUGUGAUUAUUUCCAUACAAAACACACAAUGCUGAGCUAAUAUUUACCCCCACCCUCCCCCCAAUCAUUUUCAAACCCCUCAGCAGCCAAUACAACAGAUUGAGAUGUGAUAUACCAAAAUAUUGCAGUUCUUGUAGAAAAAAAAGACUCAGCUUACAUAUAUUUAAAUUA